AUGGUGAGAGCAGAUGAAAAUGGAGAUGUGUCAGUUGGAACUGAACCAGAACAUUUCCGUAAGAUGUUCAUUGGUGGCCUAACGAUAUCCACCUCAGAUGAAGCACUGAAAGAAUUCUACUCACAAUGGGGUGAACUUCUCGAUUGCAUUGUUAUGCGUGAUCCAACCACGAAGCGAUCACGUGGAUUUGGCUUUGUUACGUAUUCGAAACAAUCUGAGGUAGAUGCAGCGAUGGCAAGUCGACCACACGUUAUAGACGGUAAAACAGUUGAUCCGAAACGUGCGGUGCCCCGUGAGCUAUCGCAAAAGAGUGAAGCGAAUAUGUCAUCAAAACGUUUGUAUGUGUCUGGGGUUCGCGAGGAACACACCCAAGAAGUUUUCAAUGAAUACUUCUCGAAAUACGGCACAGUCGUUAAGAUUGAUAUAAUCGCAGACAAGACUACGGGCAAACCGAGAGGAUUUGCAUUUGUCACAUUCGACGAUUACGAUUCGGUUGAUAAAUGCGUUUUAGUGAAAAGCCAUAACAUCGGUAAUUCGAGAUGUGAUGUCAAAAAGGCAUUGAGCAAAGAUGAAAUGGCUAGAGUUAGUUGUUGCUUUCUCAAAUACUUACUGUUUAAUUUGAAAUAUUAG